CAGAAAUUCACAGAAAGUAAAAUAAUUUAAUAAACAUUAAAUAUAACAGGAGCGGAUGAUGGCACCAAAUACUGCGGUGCACCAUCACACAACCCAACCUGGUUUAUUUAAAAACAGAAUACAUGAACCACGACGACUUGCACUGAUCUUAUGGUUUAAAUGAACACGUAUCCAGCAUGUCUUUCACCACAGCGCGAGUAUUUUGUUUGUGUGUGAUCCAUCCCGAAACAAAACCGGUGUCAUCUGAUCCUCUAUGGCACUGCGGAAGCUGAACAAAUGGGAUCCCGGUGAAGAUUCACGCACCAUCGGCGAGGAACCCUCGCUCCUCUUUCUUUUGAACUGAAACCUUUUUCGCUUUGUGGAGAAUUUCAAAUAUCGUGGCUACCCUGGCGUCCGUCACUGGUAGAAAGAGAAGGUGGGGAUGGAGAACUGUGUUCGCAGCUGUAUGCCAUGUUUGAAGAGGUUAUGGGACUGGAUAUGGCCCGAGUUUUACUAUCCGAACGUUGUUCGUCCGGCCGAGACCUGCACCGUUUCAGGUGAUAUCCGCAUGCCGUCGCCGAAGAAGAAGCCGACGCAGCUGUACGCGGCUCUGUUCGACUUUGAAGCCCGAAGCGAGGAAGAGCUGACGGUGAAAGAAGGGGACAAACUGUCUGUCAUAGAGAAGAGGGGAGAUUAUGUGCUUGCCAAGAAGCUGACCGGGUGUUUGGAGUCUGGUUUGAUUCCAGCUAAUUAUGUGGCCCUUGUGCAAGACGAAUUCGCGAACUAUAAAUGGUACUAUGGCAAUAUAAACAGACAAAAAGCUGAGAAGCUGCUUUUGGCUUCUCAAAAUAAAACUGGUUCCUUCUUGGUGAGGAUCAGUGAGAGUCACAGUGAUGAAUAUACCAUCUCAGCCAGGAGUGAAAAUAGUGUCUUCCAUUUCCGUAUUCAUCGCUCAGCGAUUGGUGCUUACUUUGUAUCUGACAAGGUCUUGUUUGCCGGUCUGGAUGAGCUUAUCAAAUACUACCAGCAAAACUCCAGAAGUCUGGGAUGUCCGUUAGACCAGCCAUGUGUACAGCAAAGAGAGCUGUUUGAUAUGGAACUGUGGGAGCAGCCGAGGGAGGAGUUUCAGCUAAUCACAAAGCUGGGAGAAGGCCACUUUGGAGAGGUGUGGGAGGCUGUCUGGAUCGCCAAAAAACUGAAAGUGGCCAUCAAGAUGCUCAAACAAGAGGACACUAAACUGGAUGAAUUUGUCAAGGAGGUGCAUGCACUUAAGAAUUUGCACCAUCCUAAACUGAUUCAGCUGCUGGCUCUCUGCACUCGAGGGGAACCGGUCUACAUUAUCACUGAGCACAUGAUUAAAGGAAGCCUGAAAGCAUACCUGUCUUCACCAGAGGGUCAGGUGUUGACUUCUGCUCACCUCAUCUACAUGGCAGAUCAGGUAGCAGAAGGUAUGGCCUACCUGGAGGAUCGGCAUAUAGUCCACCGAGAUCUAGCUGCUCGAAACAUCCUGGUUGGAGAUAACCUGGUGUGCAAAGUGGCAGACUUUGGUCUGGCUCGCAUCAUCAAGGAUAGUGUGUAUAAAGCCAGUAGAAAUGCUAAAAUUCCAGUGCGAUGGACGGCUCCAGAAGCUGCUCUCUACCAGCGUUUCUCAGUGAAAUCUGAUGUCUGGUCCUUUGGAGUGCUGCUCUAUGAGAUGAUGUCACGUGGAAAGAUGCCUUAUGAUGGGAAGAGUAAUAAAGAGGUUUUGGCGAUCCUGCCGUCGGGGUACAGGUUGCCAUCUCCAAGCCAUUGCCCCCCAAACAUCUACCGUAUUAUGAUGGAAUGCUGGCAUGCCGAGGCAUCCAAACGGCCCUCAUUCCACACCCUUCAUAGUCAGCUGGACAAUAUCUACUCCAGAAUCUACUUCAAAACCAUUGAGGUGUAGAACACAAGGAAAAGAGGUCGACUGAAAAAGAAGAUUGUGGCAUACUGGAACAGAAAGGAGAAUGGAGAAAAGUAUUGCAUGGAAAAAACUAACAAAAAACAAUGCACUAGACAGAAAUGCACAGAAGUGCACCUGUAUGAUUUUUUGAAUGCUUAUGUUAUAUUAAUAAGGCAAUGUGCAAAAACAAAUGCUUGUUAAAGAUAGAAGAUCAAAUGAGAGAAGAGGAAUAAUAUUACAGAACAAACUAAAAGAGGAAAAGUGAAUUAAAGUGAAUGUCCUCGAUCUGAUAGGGCCAGAUUAUCUUUAGCUUUUCAUAGCAACUCUUGAUCAUCAGCAAUAAGUGGUCGAGAUAUCAAGCACUUUGUAAUGCUCCAGUUAUAUGUCAUUCACACUGCACUUCCUUAUAGUUUAUGUUGUGCUAGAGUUGAUCUGGCCCAUUCAGUUUCUGUCCGAAUAGGAACAGGAGAUUUUCUGGUCUGUUUGAAGGUGAGAGUUUAUGUUUACAAAUAAUUCACCUGCCAAAAUAUGGAUAGGUGUCAAGGAUGUAAAAACUAUGGCCAAUAUAAGUUAUAAUUAUUGAGCGUUUUUAGCCUAUGUAAAGGCUGCACAAGAAACUCUUUCUACCAGGUGUAUGAUCUUGAAACUAACACUGUGGUUAACACAGUAGCCAUGUGACAUAAACUACCUGGUUAAGCUUCCUCAUGAUCGGUUUCAUAGAAAUCACAUCCAUGUCAAAAUUGUAUUGUAUUUCAAUUCAAACACCAGAGCACCAUGAACUCUACGUUGUAUUCUGCAGAUAACUCUGAUAAAUACAAUAUUUUUCCAGUAUUCAUUUUUCUGCAGUUUCUUUAUCAUUUGUUUUGCAAAUGUCAAAUGUAACCUGAUCCAGGAUGUGAGUUUAAUGGUAUUUGCAAGCAUGCUG